AUGGGUGUCAAUGGCCUCUGGCAGGUCCUGCAACCCUGCGCACGACCGACAAACCUGGCCACACUUAAUCGCAAGCGCCUUGCCGUCGACGCUUCCAUCUGGAUCUACCAGUUUCUCAAGGCCGUCCGCGACAAAGAGGGAAACGCCCUUCGCAACUCGCACGUCGUCGGCUUCUUCCGGCGAGUAUGCAAGCUCCUGUGGUUUGGGAUCCUGCCUGUGUUUGUCUUCGAUGGUGGCGCACCGGCGCUCAAACGCUCGACACUGCAGGCGCGUCGUCAGAGACGAGAGGGACGCCGCGAAGAUGCUGUCCGCACAGCUGGAAAACUGCUAGCCGUCCAGAUGCAGCGGAUCGCCGAAGAGGACGCCGAGAAGAGGCGAAAAAGAAGACGGGAGGCUCCGUCGGAGUCUGCGCCGUCUGCAGUCGAGGCCAGCGGCGAGGAUGGGAUGGUGGAUGGGGAAAUGCUGCCGAGCAUGGACAAGGUGGUGUAUGCCGAGGAGAUGCAUAAGCCGGAGCAGGAGCGGCUGCAGGCGCGGAAGUUCACCAAGAAAGACGCAUACCAUCUUCCGGAGCUGGACCGGCCCAUCGAGGGCAUGGGUCGGCCUGAGGACCCGCGCAUCAUGAACAUCGACGAGCUGGAGGAAUACGCACGCCAGUUCCAUGCGGGCGAAGACAUCAACCUGUACGACUUUAGCAAAAUCGACUUCGACGGCGAUUUCUUCAAGAGCCUCCCCCCUGCCGACCGCUACUACAUUCUCAAUGCAGCGCGGAUACGCAGCCGCCUGCGUAUGGGCCUCAGCAAGGAGCAGCUCGAUGUCAUGUUCCCCGACCGCAUGGCUUUUUCCCGCUUUCAAAUCGAACGGGUGCGUGAGCGGAAUCACCUCACACAGCGUCUGAUGAUAGAAGCCGGCAUGACGGGCAUCGACCUGACUAUGGGUGUCAACGGCCGGGUAGCCGGAGAGAAGGAUCGCGAGUAUAUCCUAGUCAAGAACGAAGGUGUCGAGGGCGGUUGGGCUCUCGGUGUGGUCAGCCGGGACAAGGAACAGGGCCAGGUUCACAAGCCUAUUGAUGUCGAUGCGCUGCAGUUCCAGUACGACGGCGGCAAAGGGGAGGACAGCGAGGAUGACGUUGAGUUUCAAGACGUGCCCAUCGAAGGCCUCAAUCGCCUCCCCAAGCUAUCAGUAUCCCAAAAAGACGACCAGACUGCCGGUGGACAUGAGGCAGAUGCAGAGGAUGAAUCCCUCUUUGUCUCGAGUUACCAACCGGUAGAGACGCUGCAACCGGAAACCAUGCAGGAGGCAGUAGGUGACGAGAAUCUCGUGGCAGAUGAAGAGGAGGAUCUCCACAAGGCAAUAGCGAUGUCCCUACGAAACCAGCAUGAUGCGGACGCGUCUGGGGGGGAUAUUGACGAGGAUGAGGAUGAGACGUUUGAGGAUGUUGACAUCCCAGCGCCAGAGUGGACGCAGAAAGCUGCCGAGGUAGUCUCUCGGCCGAUUGUGGCGACGAGUGGCAGGAUGGUGGCUCACAUUGUCAAUAACCGGUCCAAUGCGGCAAUUUCGGCUUCAAAGGCACAAGGCAGCAAAGAUGACGACAACAGCGACAGCAGUGACAGUGAACUCGACAUCCGAGCAGCUAUGGUAGCUGCAGCAAAGAAAAAGAAAAGAACGGUGGAACAAGGCACGUCUCAGGCGGGAAGCGUUCAGUCUGCCGAUCCGCCGAAAUCACGAGUCAAACCCCUGUUUGAUGGGCCCUUGCCGUUUGAGCAGUUGGACUGGAAAACGUCCAUAUUCGAGAAGAAGCCAAAUGCUGAUGCAGCUUCAUCAUUCGCCGCAUUGGCUUCUGCGUCUACGGUCCAAGAUGGCAAAGCUGCUGCUGCAGCCGCCGAGACAGGAUCCCUUGAGGCUGAUUCCGAUGACGACGGCCUUGCUGGAGGGUUUGUGAUAGAGGCAGAUGAAGCCAACUCAGCGACCGGUGACGUGGACGAUGACAUGGCUGGUGCAGACCGAGAGACUGGUGUCAAAGAUGACGCUCCCCGUCCUUUGCCACCAUGGAUGGCAGACGCCACCGAUAUCCGGACGGCCAUCCGGCAGCAGCAAGCAUAUGACGAUGGGAUCAACGCCGAAGAUAGGGAAAUGGCCUUGGCAGAGGAACGAACAUGGCAGCGCCAACAGGAGCCGCAAAUUGUAGAGAUUGGCUCAUCCAGCGAUAGCGGGAGCGACAUUGAGAUAAUUGAAGCGCCGCGUCUAGCACGAGAGUCCGAGACAGUCGAGCAGCUUACGAGAGUCGCGGAAACAAACACUGCCGAAGAUCAACAAGAACCGACAGCAGUUACAGAUUCAAUUUCGGAGGCGGUGGAAAUGGUUGAACCUGCUGUAACACGUUUGUCGUCCCCAGAGAUGGAGUUUGAGGACGUCGAGCUUCCAGAUCGCCCAACAGUGACCAAAGAGGUGGUGGCAGAGGCUGUGACUGGGAUUGCCCCGGUCGACGACGACGGCCUCUUCACGGGAGAAGGCGAGGACGAAUUCGACAUCAGCGACCCGGAAGAAGAGGAGCUCUUCGCCCAGAUGGCCGAAGAGGCCGAGGAGCACGCACGGUUCGCGAGCACGCUGAACCACAAGACGGGACGGGAAAGCCAGGCGGUCUUUGAACAGGAGGUCAAGGCGCUGCGGAACCAGCAGAAAAAGGACCGACGAGACGCGGACGAGGUGACGAUGGUGAUGGUGUCGGAAUGCCAGGCGCUGUUGCGGCUGUUUGGCAUCCCAUACAUCACAGCGCCGAUGGAGGCCGAGGCGCAGUGCUCGGAGCUGGUCUCGCUGGGACUGGUGGAUGGCAUCGUGACGGACGACUCGGACACGUUCCUCUUUGGUGGCACGCGGGUGUACAAGAACAUGUUCAACGGCAACAAGUUUGUGGAGUGUUUUCUGGCAGCGGAUCUGGAGAAGGAGAUGUCGCUUUCGCGCGAGAAGCUGAUCUCGCUUGCACAGCUGCUGGGAUCGGACUACACAGACGGACUGCCGGGCGUAGGGCCGGUGACAGCGAUGGAGAUCCUGUCGGAGUUUCCGGGUCCACAAGGACUGGAAGAGUUCCGGACGUGGUGGGACGACGUGCAGAUGCAUGGGCGAUCGCGAGAGGCCGAUGCCGGCUCGCCGUUUCGGCGCAAGUUUCGCAAGUCGCAGGGGACGAAGCUGUUUCUGCCGACAGGCUUUCCAAACGCGGCGGUGGCGGCGGCCUACAAGAAGCCCGAGGUGGACAGCAGCACGGAGCCGUUCCAAUGGGGCGUGCCCGAUCUGGACGGACUGCGCAGCUUCCUGAUGUCGACCAUUGGCUGGAGCCAGGAUCGGACAGACGAGGUGCUGGUGCCGGUGAUCCGCGACAUGAACCGGCGCGAGGCUGAGGGCACACAGAGCAACAUCACCCGCUUCUUCAGCGGUGCCGUCGGUUCGGGUGCUCGCCUGACAGCGGCCCAGCAGCGGGCUCAGGCCCAGGCUCAGGCCCAGAUGCCAGACGAGUUCGCGCCCCGGCAUGCGCCCCGCAACAAGAGCAGUCGCGGCAGCAGCCGGCGUCUGGCCGCGGCCGUAAGCAAUCUCAAGGCGGGCACGACGUCCAUGGAGGCAGCAGCGGCGAUCAUGCGCUCAGGCCCGGUCGUGAGAGCGCCAUCGAGGAAGAAGACCACAGCUGCGGGCCGGAAACGGAAGCCGGAGGCAUCACCGACGGUGACAGGCUCGGGCGAGCCCGAGACCAGCGCGAACGAGGACGAUGAGGACAGUGCGGCAGAGCUCGACAAUGACAAGGACGAGCCGGCUGGCCGUCUCUCAGGCCGUCAGCAGAGAGCAACCCGGAGAGGCGAGAAGCGGGUCAAGGCAUGA